UUGCGUAUAAAGAGACCUGGUCCCCCAUUGCUCUUCACUCAGCUCUUUGCAAGAGAACCUCUCAGAAUGACUGGACAAUCAACCCUUCUCGUGGCACUUGCCCUUUGCGCCUUUGCAACGGCUCUUCCAGGAAGGCCUUAUGGAGGUGCUGGAGUAGAUGGCGUUGGAGGUCUUGGAGGAGUUGGUGUAGGAGGUGGACAUCUUGGAGGUCUUGGAGGAGUUGGUGUUGGAGGUGGACACCUUGGAGGCGCUGGUGGAGUUGCUGGACUUGGGGGAAUCGAUGGCGCCCUUGGAACUGGAGUGGUUGGAGUAGGUGUUGGAGGAUCCUCCUUCAACCCAGCCCACUUCCCUGACCUCGUUCCAGGAUUCCCAUUCCACCAGUCCCAUCCAGGACAGGGAUUCGGUGGCUGCAAAUACUGGUGCCGUAGCUCUUACCAGAACAACUAUUACUGCUGCACAAGGUCCACCUAUGCUGGAUAAGGCCUUUAAAGGGAUUCCUGGAACCGACUUUCUUUCAUCUCUUAAGAAUCAGCAUCAAGCAAUUUCCAUCUAAUGUCAUACCAUUUCUAAACCAUUCUUUUGGGCAUUUAUAAUUUUAAUGUGCAAAUAAUAUCAUAAUAAACGUGUUUUAAUUCUUUA